AUGCUGGGACUUUGUUGGACACCAGCUACGGCACAAGGCAUGCAGAAAAUGGCGACCACCAUGCCAUCCAAUCCCGAACAGCUGUUGGGAGCCAUUCUUGUGAGGAAAGACAUAUUCCAUCGUUUUGAGACGACCAUGCACGACACCUGCUUGGAUGCCAACAACUUGCUGGAGUACCUCUUCUCUCUUUACAACAGUACGGCAGCUCCUGCAGAAAGAGAGAAUCUUCCCACACCACAGACUUUGGCACUCAUGCGUAGGGAUGCAGAGAUCAAGAAAGGAAUGGAGCGUGGACAGCAUGUAUUCCUAAACCCAUCCCACAGCGGCAACCCCCAAAUGCUUCAACCAAAUAUCCAAAGCAGAUCUUCCGACCAAAAGCUGCAUGUACCAGUGGCUGCCGAUGGGCAGAGAAAAAAGAUCAAAGUUGAACAGCCAAUGUUUCAUGCUGGUUUGAAUUCAACAGGACACCAGCAUCAAAACUACAAUCAGCCUAUAGUAGUGAAAUCAUUUGAUAACCGUUCUGCGUUUCCCGCUGCGAGCAACAAUCAGAUCCAUAACAUCAAAAUGGAGGUGACAUCAAGUAUGGAGCCUCAUCGCUCACAGUCAUCGUCCUGCCUUCCCCCAUUCAGUCAGAUAUGUCGGCAGGGUAACCGGCCAUACAGCCCUGCUUCUGCUCAGUAUUCAAACUCGCACCAUAUACCUCCACAUCAAGACGAGCCCCAGAGACUCGGCCAUGAUCCUGCCGUGAAUAAUGUCAAGACAGAAAUCGAAGGGGUACAGCCUGGGGUUUCAGCAAGGCAUCAAGCACAGGAUAUGCAGAAUUCAUCAAACCACAUCAAGAAACAGAGACUGAAAGGUUACUACACGGAUGGCAGCGUUACUGUCGAGCGGGUCAGCAGGAAGAAGAAACAUCCAUGUUUUUGUGGUGCCCUGUUCACAAGGGCCGACAACCUCAAGCGACACAUCCGGAAGUGUCAUGAGGAGAAGCUGGAGAAGCUCAAGGUUUCAGGCCAGGAUGGGGAAGACAACACCGGCAUGGGGCCUCCAGUUGCGGACAGUUUCUCGCAGGUGUUCCCAUCUUCCAGUCAAGAUUGCAUCGAAGCAUCACAAGCACAGAGCUCAGAGAGCCCUCAGCAGCACACAUCUCAGCAGCACACAUCUCAGCAGUACUUGCAGCAGGAUGGCAGCCAUAAUAUGCUGGUUACCAGUGCGGUCAAGGUCACACCAGCGGUCAGAUGGUCGUGCUUUUGUGGCGAGAGUUUUGAUAACCAUCGAUUGUUGGUUGAGCAUACAAGAGCGCAUGAUAAUAAUACAUAA